AUGGCAUUCAUGAAACGGAAGACCGUCAAAUUUUUAGUUGAUAUACAGAUAUGCAAUUUAACCGAUGUGCCUUUAGUGAACGCAGUGAUCUUCGCGAAACUUCGCUUAUUAGAAGGAGGAUCGUUUGAAGAUACAACGGAAAGAGUCGAAGUUGACAAUCAUUGCGCUUCAUUCUCCCAUCGAACGGUUUUUUCAUGUCGAAUACCUUGUGACCAAGCGUCCGGAACACUUGAAAAAUGCCUUUGUCGAGUUUCGAUUCGAAAGGAGCAAAAAGGCGGCAAAUCGUUCUAUAAGCUCGGAUAUGUUGAUAUCAACUUGUCCGAGUUUGCUGCGUCAGGUGUUGAGGGCAUUUCUAGGUCCUACUUGUUAAAUGGUUACACUACUAAUCAACGAUUAGAUAAUUCAAAAGUCUGUGUCAAAGUUGUAAUGUGUCAUCAGAGUGCGGACCCAUUCUUUCGAGUACCUCGCAACAAUCAUUUGGGAGGCGUUGAAGAUGGUUCCUUGAAUCCUGAAGCUUAUAAAGCAUUAGAUGUCGCCGAUGAUGAUUCAGAUGAGGCUCUGGCUUUGCCAAGUAAAACAACUAAUGAAGAAUGUACAAGCUAUGGAAGUUCAUCGAUGCCUGAAGAUGGUCAACCUGUUGAAAGAAAAAACACUCAUGUACAGAAUAAAGACCAAAUUGCUGUUCAAUUGCGGAGGUUCAGUCAGGAUCGAUCAGCUCAGCGGAUUCAGAACACCCGGAUUGAUGCUGAUGGCGUUAUCGAUAAGGUGAUUGCCGAAUGCCGAAUAUCGCAACAGGAAACGUUUCCAAAUGACAAUCAAGGACUAUCAUUGGAGAAAUUCUUGGAUCGAAAUGGGAAGCCGCUGCUGAGCAAGUACGCCAACAAACGCUUCUCGUACACCUCCGAGCAUAUUCGCGACGAGUCUGUCUAA